UAGCAACAUUGCAAUUCCAUUGUCAAAAAGAUAAAUAAUUUUGCUUUUUGUAAAUGCUGUAAAAACUGCAAUUUUCCUUUUCAGGUCGUUUUCGUAAUAUUCAAAGAUGUUGAAAUUAAGCGGGGCACUGAUUUGGAGGUUAGGUUCAAGGGCAGUUGUGAGGAAAUACUCUGGCCCCAGCGCUACAGUGUUCAAAACUGAGAAGCUGGACCUAUCCACAAACAUAGCUGAUAAAAAGGUUGAAGGUCUAACUGGCGAUGACAAGGAUAAUUCAGGUUUAGUAGCAGCAGCAUUUGCCUCCCUACACAAUAUAGACCCAGUCGAGAAAAGCAAACCGAGUCCAAAAUCCGUGAAGUACAAUCGGUUAGCGCAGAUUGAGAAGCAGAUAACCAAUGCAUCAGAUUUGAAUACUCUGCUAGUGGUCGCUGAAAACCCUGUUGUGUCACGGAGACAUGCUCUGAAGAUGGUAUCAAUAUUAUCAGAAUGGACAACCAGCAGCAAAGUCAAGCUAGCGGACUUUGAAAAGGAUGCCCGGUUCCUCAAGCUGUGCCGUAUAUUGGCCAGAUCUUCCUCCACCCAUGCAAUAGGUUCCCUGACGAUGGCUGAGGAUCUGAGCACAGUUUUGGGCAUCACUGGUGAUGAUGAGGCUGCCAGAUUGAUUACAAACUUGACUUUGCCACAGAUGAUCAAAGUAAUGAAAGCUCUUCAGCAAAAAGGCCGGCGCAGCACGCCGCUCCUCCGCGCUCUCUCACACAACAUUACCAACCAGACUGAGGUCAUUGACCUGAAGAAAUCAGCUGAUCUCCUGUACGCUAUGGCAUCGCUUAACUUCCCCGAUCCUGUGUUACUUGAUAGGAUAUGCGAUGACGUAAUAACCUGCCUACCCUCAAACGAAGAGAAGUCAGCAGUCGUGAACUCCAUCACUGUAUCCCUAGGACUUCUGAAAUACCGACACGAACCAGUCCUCUCAGCGAUUGCCGAUUGGCUACAAAACCACAUACAGCUCUGUAGGGCGACUGAUAUCGCGUCCGCUGUGGUUACCAUGGCAACUGUUGAUUAUUUACCGCCUACCCAGUCUACUUCGGCGUUGCUUGAAACAGCUCUAUCACUGAAAGAAGAAGAGAUGUCGAAGUCUUCAUCAUGGCUAGACCUAGUAUUCUCACUGCUGACGCUGAACAAAGCUCAGAAACAUCACCUGGAGUCCACGCUGAAGCCUGAGUUCAUUGACAAGUUGCUGUCUGCUGGUGAAAUACCAAUCCCCGCCCGUCGCAAGCUGAUGAUGAUAGACUCGUACCUAUCACUCGCCCAUCCCGGUUCCCCUCGCCUGGCCGACCACAUCUCCGUCGGGGUGCCGGUACUACACACCAAGGACAAGUCCUUGUAUGUACAGAGCAUUAUGGACACCUUCAAGAGUUUUGUGUCUGCGGAGACGUUUUUGAAAAGAGAGUGCAAUUCCGGUAUGGGGUUCUUGUAUGAUGCAGAAUUUGCCGUGGAUUCCAAAUGUCAUCCUGUUCCUUUAGAGAAAGCUAAAAAUAACAAAAGCGUAUUCCGGAUAGCGGUGCUAGGCUUGGACUACCACGACAUGACGCGCAAGACCACGGCACCGCUUGGCGUCAACCAGCUGUAUACUAGGCUACUCGAACUUAAGGGCUACAAAGUACUCCAGAUUCCAUACACAGAAUUCAACCCAAAAGACAAGCUGGUGAGCAGAGUACAAUAUAUAGAGUCAAAGUUAAAGCUAAUUGUUAGUAAUCACGGCCAAUCGUAGGCCUUUGUAGAUAUAUUGUUUGUACUAUAUAUUGUUUAAUACAUGUAUGUCUAAUGGUAACUGCGUGGAACGGAACGUGUGUAGCUACUUUCACCGGUGGAAGGUAUGGUCAGCAGAAAAAUUUAAUAAUAAAAAUCUUGGUUGAUGAAAUUAGGAUGCUUCCCUUCCCUCUUGCUUAAGAAGAGACUUGUAAAGUAAUACAUUCUGAAUGAGGGUUCAUAGAAAACACUGAACAGUUUUCUUUUCUGAAAAUGAUAAAACAAAGUCAUCAAUAUAUAAGCUUUGUCUGCUGACCGUGCUUAUUUUACUGAUGCCAAUGCCCACGAAACUUAGGCAAUGGACACUUGCCGAAGCUACAACUGUGCCUAAAAAACGCAUUUUUAAACGAGAUUUAAUAUUCCGGACUUACGAAAACAUUAUGAAAACCGCAUUCAAAGAAGUACGCUAAAAUUACCUUUAUUACAAUCAGAAAUAUAACAGCUCUCGUCAAUUAAUAUUGCCGGUCUGAAGUUGGCAAAAAGUGGGCUAUUAGUGAUCAACAGUUACUUACAAAAGAUUCCAACGAAUUGAGAACCUCAAGGCAUGAAAUAACUUCAGAGCGGCAAAUCUAUUAGACUUGGAAAAAAACUGGUAAUAACUUGAAAUAUUCUUUGUUACUAUUGUAUAAUAUGUAUUUUUUGUUUAUUUUCUAACGUUAUGUGUUGUUAAAAUAUAUUGUAAGUAACUAUUAUAAUAGCUUUUGUUAUGAAAAAUCUUACAUUACACAACUCGACGAACGUUGAACUUAUGUUUUGUCUCUUUCGUUUCCUUUGUAGCAAAACGAGAUAGCAGUAUCCAUAGAGUUAUGUUGAUAUAGACAGAUACAUAAUUUUAUAAAUACUUUAAAUCGAUGCUUUUAUAUGAUCGAAUGUUUUGAAUACGUAUUUCACACAUUUUAGUUAAAACUGCGGUUACCAUACAUUUUUAGUUCGAAACAAAAUCGUAUUAAUAUUAAUUUAUUAGUUUAAUUUUUAUGCUUGGGUUUACAAUGGGAUCUUAUGUCCCACGUUGGGUGCCAAUAUCAAAUGUUUGUGACUACCCUCGUACUUAUGUCUAAAAAUAUGGGUUGGUCGUAAUGUUGGUAUUGUUAGCCAAUGUUUGGAUGUAAAUUAUGAAUUUUGUCUACAAAUAUUGUUUGAUAGAAAUAUGUUGUUCUUAAAAAAUCUUCAUGAAAUUAGUAUAAAUAUCUAGGAGUAUAAUAUAAUGUCAGAAAUUAUGUAACUAACUCCUCAAAUUAAUUUGCCUAAUUUUUGAAGACGCUUUAAGGGAACGUAUUUAUUUCUCAAAGUGAUAUUUGUGUACAAAACUCGAUUUAGACAAAAACUGUUGACAAAUGUAUGAAUGUGUGCGUGAGACUGUAGAUACGGCUGUUAAUAUUAUUUAAAUAAAACAGAUUUAACAAUAA